UUACAUCUGGCUGUCAGACAUUACGCCGGAAGUAAUCGUUCGUUUUGGUGACGCUGCAUUAGACUGGUAGACAUGGAACUGUUCAGGUUUCUCGGGUUGAUCAUGCUCAGCCUGAGUCUGACUGGAGUUCAAACGCUCACACCAGCCCACUUUCUUUCCCUGGCCGAUAUUGCUCGACUUCAAAUUCUCUUCAGCCAGCCCUUUGAGGACUUGGAGUCGGCAUACUACUCUGUCAUCGGUCUUUCCAAACUUGGAGCCACUGUUCCUGAUCACAAGAACGUAUGCCAGUUCCUGAAUUCCCAGCUCGAUCCCACUGAUGUCGACUCAAUCUUCUUUGCUGCGGAGACGAGCCAAGCCUUACCUGGAUGUGAGAUCCCUGUGACCAAUGACACUCGAGACAUCCUUCUGGCUGCUGUCAGUGAAGACUCAACCAUGACUCAAAUUCACCGAGCUGUUAGCGCACUCAGUUCUUUGGGGCUUCCUGUGACAUCUCAGGAAGUCGUAAGUGCGCUCACAGCUCGCAUAAAUAAGGAGGACAAUGUCAUGGCCAUUACUUUAGCUCUACAAACAGCCACCCGUCUUUCUCGGAAAGCUGAACUUGGAGGAAUACUUGAGGAAAUUGAGGAUCUGACAGCUCGUUUAGAUGAUCUUGGUGGCAUCUUCCUCCAUUUUGAAGAGGGACUUGAGGCCACUGCCAUGUUUGUAACUGCUGCGUAUGCCCUGUCAGAUCAUACCGAUAUAGAGCCACCACUGAAACAGGACCAAGUCAUUCAGCUGGUGAACUCCAUUUUCAGCAAGAAGUCCUGGGACUCUUUGGCCGAAGCUUUCAGUGUGGCAAACGCUGCUGCUACUCUCUCCAACAACCGUUUUCAUGUUCCAGUGGUCGUCAACUCUCAUGGCCCGCCCACUGUGUCGCACAGCCAACCAACCCUGCAGAUCCUUGUUACUGAUGUCAUGUCUCAGCCUCUGGCCUCGGCUAACGUGCACGUGGAAUCUGUGUAUGCCUUGGCCUCGAAGAGCGUCAUUCUUGGCCAAGCGCCAUUCACGCUCAAUGACGGUAUCUUUGAACUGAACUUCAUGACCCAACAACCAGCCAGCGGAUAUUACCAAUUCACACUUUCUGUGACUGGUGAUUCCCGAUUGAUUGCCAAUCAUGUUGAGCUUAAAGUGAAAGUAUCGACUGAGGUGGCUGUUACCAAUAUGGACCUCUCUGUGGUGGAUAAGGACCAGAGCAUUGGCACUAAGACCACCAGGGUUGAAUAUCCUGCUAAAGCAAAGAGCUCCUUCACCGCUGAUAGCCACCAGAACUUUGCCAUGGCAUUCCAGCUGGUUGACGCCAAUACUGGAGUUGAACUUACUCCACACCAGACUUUUGUUCGGCUCCAUAAUCAGAAAACUGGCCAAGAGGUUGUUUUUGUUGCCGAGCCAGAUUCUAAGGGUCUGUACAAGUUUGAGUUGGAUGCUGCAGAGCGUAAAACAGAAUUUGCCCUGAUCUCGGGUACCUAUUCUCUGUAUCUGAUGGUUGGAGAUGCCACACUGGACAACCCCAUCUUGUGGAACGUGGUGGAUGUUGUGCUGAGGUUUGUGGAUGAGGACGCCCCAGCUACCAUUCAAGCCAAGACUCUUUACGUACCCAAACCAGAGAUCCAUCAUUUGUUCAGGGAACCAGAGAAGAAGCCACCAACGGUCGUUUCCAAUGCAUUUACUGCACUCGUCCUGUCUCCUAUCCUGCUUCUGCUUAUCCUGUGGAUUAAGCUCGGGGCGAACAUUUCCAAUUUUAGCUUUUCUCCCAGCACCAUUCUCUUCCAUGUUGGACAUGCAGCGCUGCUGGGCCUGAUGUAUGUCUACUGGACCCACUUGAACAUGUUCCAGACUCUUAAGUACCUGGCGAUUAUCGGCGCUGUAACAUUCCUGGCCGGGAACCGCAUGCUAGCACAAAAAGCAGUGAAGAGGAUUGCUGCCGAGCAAAGUAGUAGGUUGGCAAAGUAUAGGAGCCUCCGAUAAAGCGCCUGUUUGUUACAAAUGGUCUGGUUGUGCUCCCAGGCUAAAACUUGAGAAAAAGUAAGCGUAAGACAUUAAACGAAGACACUGAAGGAGCACAGUUUGGAGUCGAUUGCCACAUCUCAUUUUGAAACAACGCGACAGUCGAAGAAAUUUUAUGUUGCUGAAAUGGAUUUAAAUUCAGGAAUGAAGUAUUUUUGAGAUUAGACCGGUUCUGUUAGAUUGUUCCCCCGUGUUUCAACUCCAUGGACCAUUGCACUUCAUCUUCCUGUGAGAUUGUUUGACUUGUUUUACAACAUGCCAUUGUCUCGGUGUGCUCUGAUUUAAGAAAAGAAAAAAAAUGGAGAGGUUUCUUGAUGGAAUUACUGUUCUUUCUUUCUUUCUUUCUUUUAUUUUAUUUUAUUUUUUACAUUACCCUUCGUCUGCCCUCUUAGCUCAUCACACCUCAACAGUUUUUGCUCGGUGUGUCUUAGCUGUUCAUUUGCUAGCACAUACUGAUCAUAAGUGACUGCAACUAUACAGUAAUUUAAACUGUAAUAACUUUGAGUGUGUCAAAAUAGAGCUGCUUCCCUAUUUGAUACAAAUUUUCAUUCCCAAGAUAAAUUGUUCAUGGGAAGUUUGAGUAUGUUUUUUGUUGUUGUUAAGAAAUAAAGAAAUGGAGGUGA